AUGUCAGAAGCCUCAGACUUGGUGAGGCAGAGGCAGACAGGGCAGGUGGCAGCUGUCAACAUCAACUACUAUGAUGGCCGCUACCAUGCGGCUGAGUCCGAGCGGCUCAGGAAGGCCAAGCUACAUGUGGAGAAGGCCAUUAAGGUGAGGGGUUUGAUUUCACAUGGCUCCGAGAUGCCACAUGCUUGCAUUUGUGCACCUGUGACUCAGGAGAGCUGAGCCAGAGGACUGCGGUGGCGCAGGCUGAGCUCGCUCCCCUCUGCACAGGAGAAGAAGAUCUUCGCAGUGCAGGGCCCUUAUCCCGUCAUCCGCCGCCUGCUGCGUGCCCGCGGCUGGGUGGAGAGGAAGCUGCUCCGCAAUGGCAGACAGCUGAAGCAGCAGCCUGGUGACCAAAAGAAACAGCACCGGAAGGAGAGGGCAAGCGGUGGCAGUGAUGAGCAGGUGGAGACAGUACAAAACCCACGUGGUGGGACACAGCCUUCCCUGGCCACCACAAAGCCCCUGCACCACCCGUGGCCACGCGAUAAGGAGAACGAAGGGGAAAGGGAAGACAUGAAGGAAGACAAAGAGCAGUGCUGUGAGGAUUCUGAUGACAUCCAUGACCUCAUGUCCUUCCUGGUGCGGGACCAGGUGCCAAACUUCCUCUGGACUAUUCGCCUUAGCACCAUUGACCAGAAGCUGCUGCCGAGGAUUGAGGUGGUGAACCGCUAUCCCCGGCUGUACGCGCUUUGCACCAAGGAGGGGCUGUGCCAAAGCCUGCAAAACUUGCCCUGGUUCGAGCAAGUAGACUUCAACACCUUUUUCCCCCGGUGCUACCGGCUGGGGAUCGAGGACGAGCAGGAAGCCUUCAUCGAGGAUUUCCGCCUGACAGCAGCUCGCAGUCUGCUCAAACUGGCCCUGCAGAAGGCCGGGGACAGGCCGGUGGGGACAGAGCAGCCCCCAAAAUCCAACAAGGUGCCAGCAGGGCCGUGCUGCCCGUAUCCCCAGCUGCUGGAGGAGGCCCUAGAGGUCUGUGGGCAGCACCUGGGUGUCCUGGGGCACCAGGACAUCGACAGGAACACCCCGUCACCCUGCCGGACAUGCAUCAACUGGGACCGCUUCCUGCACGAAUACUACCGUGUGGCACAUGAGGGGGCCAGGCUGGUGCUGGGCAGGGAGGAGCGGGAGCAGUGCCAGGACCUGCUGCAGUGCCUGGAGGAGCAGCUGCCGCAGCUCGGCAUAGAGGGCAACCUCAACGUCUGGAUCCUCAAGCCCAGUGCCAAAUCCCGUGGCAGGGGCAUCGUCUGCGCGACACGGCUGGAGGAGGUGCUGGAGCUGGCGCAGAAGUGCACGAAUCCCUCGGCACGGGUGUGCGAGUGGGUGGUGCAGAAGUACGUGGAGCGGCCACUGAUCAUCUUCAACACCAAAUUCGACAUCCGGCAGUGGUUUGUGGUGACUGACUGGAAGCCACUGACUGUCUGGUUCUACCAAGAAUGCUACCUGCGCUUCUGCUCCCGGCCCUUCUCCCUGUGUCACCUGGAGCCGGCCAGGCACCUUUGCAACGUCUCCAUCCAGAAGCGCUACAAAACAUCACAGCCAGACCCCCGCCUGCCCCCUGACAAGAUCUGGUCCAACAAGCAGUUCCAGGAAUACCUGGCACAGCUGGGGCAGGCGGAUGCUUGGCAGCGGUUGAUAGUGCCGGGCAUGAAGGCGGCAAUCCUGAACGCCCUGCGCUGCGCCCGGGACCAGGUGGGUUCCCGCAAGGGCAGCUUUGAGCUCUUCGGGGCCGACUUUCUCAUCGGGGAAGACUUCCGGCCCUGGUUGCUGGAGAUCAACUCCUGCCCCACCAUGAGCCCCUCCUCGGCGGUGACCCGCCGGCUCUGCGCCAACGUCCAGCGGGACACGCUGCGCCUCGUGCUCGACCGCAAGGACAACCCCACCUGUUCCAUCGGUGCCUUUGAGCUCCUCUACAGGGAGGCAGCUGUGGCUUCAUGUCUGACUGUGGGGCUGAAACUGCUGGUCACAGGCUGUUCUCUGAAGAAGGCCCGGCCGGCAAAGUAUGGAUCCCAGGACAAGAUCCCCACCACUGUACCCAGUGCUCCCCAGCUCCCUGCACCCUCAGGGGACAGAGCCACCAAGGUCCCCUGGUCCAGAGCGGCACAGAAAAAGCUGCCUUCUCUGGGGCCACAGAGCAGAUGCUGCCCACCCACGUCUGACCCUCCGGCACUGCCACAGCACCUGGACUGCUCUGCUGGGAACCAGGAGCUGCCAUGGCUCCUUCACCUGGUGGUUGGCCAGCCUGAGGAAGCCCAGCCCCAGGAAGCUUUGCCACUGAUCACCACUUGUCCUCGGGAUAGAGGGCCUGUGCCACCCCCCCGGGGAGCAACCAGGAGUCCCCCCUGGCAAUCUCCGGGCAGUUCUGCUGGGAGCCAGGAGCUGCCAUGGCUCCUUCACCUGGUUGGGCAACCCAACAAUACUCAGCCUCAGGAAGCUCAGCCCAAGGCAAUUCCGUCCUCAAUUGAUAGCCGUCCCCUGGACAGGUUGCCACUGCUCCAGGAAGCACACAGGAGGCCCUGUCGACCCCCGGGUUCCUCUGCAGGGAGCCAGGGAUUGCCACAGCGAAGUCAGCUGUGUGGGCAGCCCCAGGCCGCUCAGCCCCACAGAGUUCUGCCCCCGAUCAAUGCCCGUCCCCCAGUGAGGGGGCCUGUGCCACAACCCCGGCAACCCUCAGGCUGUGCAGCGGCUCCUGCAAGACUUCCUGUCAGGCCAGCGCACCUGCCUGUGCUGUAA